AUGGGCUUGAUUAAACGCGUUCCUUGUUGGCCAAAUGUGGAAGGGUUGGAUUUUUUGUCUGUUAAUCCUACAAGAGAUGAAGUUUCUCAUUACCGAGUGAAGCUGGAUGUGGAGACAGACGAGUCCAUCGUUAAGGUGAAUACAGUAAAGGACUUUGGAAAUAUAACAUGUCUAGAUUACUCUAAUACAGAUGAAGGUAUAGUAGGUGUCGGUGAGAAAAGCGGUGUUGUACGGUUAUUUAAUAUUUUGGAUACGGACGAUGCAUACGAGCCGUUCGAUCUACGAGUACGAGCAAAGCACCAGCGAACUAUCAACAGUUUGAGUAUAAAUACAAAUGGCCUAAUAGCCAUGGGUUUAGAUCGCAAUAAGCAUGAUGCCUCUGUACAGGUGUGGGAUGUAAACUACCAAAGCACGGAAUCAAAUGUUAUCACACCAUCUUUUUCAUAUUGUUUGAACGAAAGUAUCGUGUCAUUGAAAUUUGUCGACGAUACCAGCAUCUUAGCUGCAAGUUCAAAACUCUUGAAAGAAAUUGACCUUAGAGCUCCUAAUCCUAUAUACCAGCAUCCAACUCGUGUCUCAUAUGACAUCAAGAUAAAUCCUUUUAACCCUUGGCAAUUCUCAACAUAUGCUGACGAUGGUACGUUGGCCUUUUGGGAUAGAAGAAAGCUAGCAAGUAACUCUGAAGACACUGAGUUUUUGGAGGCACAACCAUUACUUAAAUUUGACAAACUUGUUGGUCAUGGUGCAGCUUCUAGAAAAUAUAUGAAUUCAUGUUUCAGAUGGUCUCCAUUGAGAAGUGGAGAGUUUUCGACAUUACACGCAGGCACUACAAUUAAACGCUGGAGAUUGGCCAACGUACCAGAUUUAGAGUCGAAUAACGAACUAAAUGAUUCCUUGUUCGUUUCCACGGUGAAUGACAUUAAAACGACUUUUGAUCGUGUUGUUACCUUCGAUUAUAUACCCAAGAGUACUGGCAGAACAAGUCUUCUAUGCAUGAGACAAUCCGGAACUAUCUAUCGGAUGAAUGUCGAACAAGGAUUUUCACAAUCGAAAAUCAAUAACUACAAUAGCAUAAUGUCUAUCUCAGAUCAAAACAAUGAUGUCAACGAAUUGAGAAUAACAGGUGAGGAUGAAGUUUCAUUGCUGGAAAAUUUAGAUACCGGGCUAAAAAACUUGUCUUUCGAAGACCUGGAUACAGGAGAUGACUUGAAGAUAUUAACUCUGGAUGAAAAAAAAUCAUCCGGAAGUAUGGAAGAUGACGGCGAUUACUUGAGUGAUUCUGAAGACGUUAAAGAGUUUUACAUCGAGGCAGAGAAGCUGUUACAGAAUGAUAUAAGUUUUAUAAUGCGUAAACGCGCGAGUCUGGGAUAUGGUCUUGAUCCAAUGAAAACUGUCGAAAUGAUGGAUAAAUCCGAUAACUUCAAUAACAAUAUCUACAUUCGCAAUACUUGGAGAUGGAUGGCGAUAGCGAAGGCAUCCAUAGCUGACGGAACAAUGGUUUCAGGAGACUUAGAUUUAGGCUACGAAGGCGUUUUAGGGAUAUGGAAUGGUCUUGAAGGUCUCUCCAAUCAGAAUCGUUAUAGAUCUGGAGGAAUGCUCACAGAAAAGCAGUUAAACAAGGAAUUGGAGAAGAUCAUUAAGAUGAGAAGCAAGAGUAAAAACAAAAUUGGGAAUGUUUCCAGUUUAAAUUCCGAAAUGUCAUCAAAAAAGGCCAUUCAGAGAAGACUCUGUAUGAUUAUUAGUGGCUGGGAUUUGUCUCCUUCAGAUUACGAAGAAAAAUAUAAAUCACUAAUAGCUCAAAAUCACUAUGAGAAAGCUGCUGCCUGGGCUGUCUUCUUCGGUGACGUUCAGAAAGCUAUAUCUAUUUUGGGAUCUGCAAAUAAAGAACGUCUUAGACUCAUUGCUGCGGCCAUUGCAGGUUAUCAAGCUUAUAGUGAAAAGCCAGGUGACAAUGCAUGGAGACAGCAAUGUAGAAAAAUGGCUGCUGAGCUUGAUGAUCCCUAUUUGAGAGUCAUUUUUGCAUUCAUUGCAGACAAUGAUUGGUGGGAUAUCCUGUAUGAGAGCGCUAUCUCUCUAAGGGAAAGGCUUGGUGUUGCUCUUAGAUUUCUAAAUGACACAGAUCUAACCAGAUUUUUAGAAAAAACUGCUACUACUGUUAUUGAAAAUGGUGAACUAGAAGGAUUGAUCUUGACUGGUAUAACGCCUAAUGGUAUUGAUCUUCUACAAUCGUACGUUGGAAAGACUAGUGAUAUUCAAACUGCUGCACUAAUUUCAGUUUUCGGCUCCCCAAGAUACUUCAUGGACCCAAGAGUUGAUGAAUGGGUUGAAACAUAUCGCCAUAUGUUAAAUUCCUGGGAAUUUUUCACUAUGAGGGCCAAGUUCGAUGUGCUCAAGACAAAAUUAUCUAGGACUAGUGAUGGUCGAAUUACAGCGAAGUUAAAACCUCGUCAAAUGUAUUUACAAUGUUCCAAAUGUAAGAAGAAUAUCAACAGACCCAUUGAUGUGUCUUCUAAUGCAUCCCUACCAAGACAUGCUAAUCAAAACUUAAAUGCAGGAAAGAAAUUCGGCCUCAAUAAUACAAACGGUGAUGUCCCCCAACAGAAACAUUCAUGUCCACAUUGUGGCACGCCUUUCCCAAGAUGUGCUAUUUGUCUCUUGCCAUUGGGUACUUCAAAUCUCCCCAUAGUCAUCAAUGGCACCACCAACUCAUGUGAAGUACGAAUCGAUGACGACGCGAAAAUUAACGAGGUCAAGGAAAGAAAGCGUUUGAAAAUGAACGAAUGGUUCAGUUUCUGUCUCAAGUGUAAUCAUGGUAUGCAUGCCGGUCAUGCAGAGGAAUGGUUUGAAAGACAUUCAAUUUGUCCUGUUCCUGGGUGUUCGUGUUUAUGCCAUCAAUGA